ACCCCGUCUCCUUGUCCCUGUCCUCCACGCCACGCUCCACUACUGGCGCCGAGUGCCGCCGAAGUCCAAGCCGCAACGUUCGGCCACCAGCCAUCACCAUGGCCGAGAGAGAAGCGCACAAUAACCACAGUGGGGGAUGGAAUGAAUGAAUAAAUCCCCCGGCCGCAAACACACACAGACCUUCUUCCUUCUUCGCAAACUCCAUGGAAUUUAGCACCUCUCCCAGAACCAAUCAACCGAACCCACCUGCGCGCCCAAGAAAUUCACCUCGUGUCCAGACACCGCUUCUCGGGAGCUGCGAUCCGGUCUGCUGCUAGGUAGUUACUCCUCCUAUAUCUGCUUAUCGUGCUUAGUUUAGUUUAGUUUCAGUCAAGCAGGCUUGGAGUCUUCUUCCCCUUUUCACAAGGUCACAUGGUCUGCGCGUAGCAGCAGCAGCAGCGCAGAGCCAAGCCGAUCGAUCUUCUUUCUUUCCUGCCGUUUUGUUUCCUCGUCUCUGCAGAAAGGCUGCCGAGCUCGCAAUCAAUCAAACCCAUCUUCCUUCCGUAAAUUUCCCCAGAACCUUUUUCAGAUUUCCUUCUCCAUCGACAGCAGCAGUAAUAACUUCUUGCUGUUCUUGACGAGCCUUUAAAAAUGGAGGGGAGUUACGCUGCCGCGGCAGGCCAUUAAGGCUUCUCGCUCUGAUCCGGCAGGCGUUAUCCAUCCUUUCGCGUCCCUGUUUCGCUUCCGAUUCUUCUUCCCCAACUUGCCUUCUUGCAUCUGCGGGCGCAGGGGGGAGGCAGAGCUGGGAACCGUCCGCGUUUAUCGACCGAGGAAGAAGAAAGCCAUGUGCGCCUCGAUGACGAGGAGAGCGUGAGGAGUAAAAGGGGGACAGCUCUCGCCUUGACGCCUCCUCGCCCUCCCUCUGCUCCUCUCCGUUCCGGAAACCUAACUGCCCCACGGCUCAGGCCUUCAUUUUUUCUCUCUGUCUGCUGGGUGGUCAGUAGGCAGUGCGUGCUUGCUUCAGGGAAGGGUUUGGGGUUCGGAUGCUGCGUGCUGAUCUCUGAGGUGAUCAAGAUCUUAUUCACCUGAUUCACUGGAGUUUUAGUCAUUCAGCAAAAGAUGGAACUUGUCUGCUUGGAAAGGAGAAACAGAUUACAUGGUAAUAGCGCUACUCCAGAGUUCAGUGGGCGGUCAGAAGACCACCAUCAACUCCAGCCCGAUGCUGCUCCCGAGGUUCAGUCUGAUUUGGUCCAGGUAAACUACAGGCAGCCAUUGGCUACAGAUGAGAAGAAAAGCAUGAGUUGCCAGUCAUGCCAGAGGUUACCGUGUUCUUGUGGUGACGGUGUGCCAUGUUCGGACUUAUGUCCGGCGCUUCCUGCCAUUCCUGCCAAGAUGAUGAUCUUGGAGUACCUCAUCAGAAGCCUGAGGCACCCAACAAGAACUCACAAUGUGAGCGACCUUGAUGACAUGAUUAGUGGCAGAACUAGCACUGGGGAUGUAACACUUGGUCCUUCAGAGAAGAUGAUGAUGGACUCUUUACAUGCACUGGUGAAUACGAAGACAAGACCGAAGAGCCCGUCGUUCUACCUUUCAGGAGCUAAAAUGAGAAAAACUCGGUCAAGAUCCCACAUCGUAACACAGUCGGAGAUAUUGAAGCUGAUAUCUCCCGAGACAUGGGAAAUCUCCUCCCUUGGAGUAUCCCCAUUGAGGAAAAGCACGGCCGAGCUGUGCAUGGACGCGGAGAUGGCGCCUUCUUUCUCAGACACAGCGCGUAUGAGCGCAAGUGAGGCUGUUCUGUCCUCAUACCCAUCAUCAUCAUCUCUUAGUGCAGGCCUUCUGCAGUGCAUAUGGAAGGACGGGCUCCCUCACUUUGAACUGUCGCUGGACAGUCCUAUGGCAGUGUACGCUGCAAACCCUAUCAAGGCACAUGACAAUGAUAAAGCCCUCGACUACGUCUAUUUGUUCCACUCAGGGGAGCCAGGGAAAAAAGAUUGGAUGGGGAACUCGAGCAAUGUUUCGAAACUUGUUGGCAAGAUGAAGGUGUCAAGCUCUCUAGUUCUGAGCUCAGGUCAGCCAAGUUCUAUGCAAACUGAGUUUGUCCUGUAUGGUUCGCCUGAUGACUACCUGAGGCAAAUGCAGAGCACCUAUAGUGUUACAAAAGGCAAGGGGCUAGUCCAGAGAGUAGCAGAAAUCAUGAAAUCUCCCAAUGUUUACUCCAGUCCGAAACAUGCCUGGAAGUUCAGCAAACCUUCACCGCAACAGUUCGACGACAUGCGCGAAAUGCUUGGAGGCGAAGUGACCAAUAUUGCAGAGUCAAGUUUGGUAAGCCUCACUGCCGAUGAUCUGCCGACCAACCAGGAGAUAGCAGCGAUUGUGGUGAGAGAACAACGGCAUGAACGCCAGGAAGAGCCUGCUGUUGGUGGCUGGGGCCUGAAGUUCCUUGAGAAGGCAGGAGCCGUUCAUUCAGAGGAGAGCAAGGACAGUAAGGGUGCUGCAAGGAGCAUAACUGCUAUUGUUCCCAGAGGCUACCACGGUGGUGUGGCUUCCAAGAAUGGCCCGUCGGGGCUCAUCGAGAGAUGGAGGACCGGCGGGCGUUGCAAUUGUGGCGGGUGGGAUCUCGGUUGCCCCAUCAGAGUGCUGAACAAUGACGGUGGUGGAUCAUUGUCGCCUCAGUCUGCGGCAUAUUCACAGGAGAGCAAAUCAGCUGAGUUGUCAAUGAUGGGCGUGAGGAGGAAUCACGAGCCGGUGCUGAGGCUUGUGAACGUCGCAGAGGACCUGUACAUCCUCUAUUUCGAGUCGACCCUGCUCUCGCCGUUGCAGUGCUUCUCCACAGGGGUGGCGAUGAUCCACAGCCAGGCACCUCAGCUCUACCCCAAACUGUAGGAUGUUUAAAUUUUGUUUUUGAGGGAAAGGGCAGACAAAUUGUUUUUCCUUGUGCUGUUAAUCUAUCAGUUUAUUAUUCGUCUGGAUUAGCUGACAGCCUGGACCCUGGAGCCAUGAGUAGGAAUGCAAAUUGCAUAUGUACAAAAGCUACUGAUAAAAAUAUAGGAGUAUAAUUUUAUAAA